AUGAAGAAGUCAUCCCUCCGAAAAAACACUCUCCAUCACAAGUCGCUGUUGCGGCGGAGAAGCAAUAUUCUCGGAUCAGCCAGGUUAAUAAAACUGUUCGAUGAGCAGUACGACCCCGAAACCCAAGUGAAUCAAGUGCCGUUGAGGAUCGAACGCCUCGAUGAACUGUGGCGAAAUUUCGAAAGUGUGCAGGACGAAAUUGAAGUGAUUGAAAAUGAGCAAGAAGAUUUCGCGGAGUUGCGUCAAGAGUUCCAUGACUUGUAUUUCGCGUUGAAGGCUUCUCUCACAGCUAAGCUCCCUCGAAACAAUCAAAUGCCGAUUAAUCAAGAACCCCGAAUCGUUCAGCACGUCGCGCCGCCGCCGGUUCAACAAAUCAUGUCGGUCAAACUUCCGGAGUUGAAGAUGCCGGAAUUCGACGGCCAACCGGAGCAAUGGAUCGAGUUUCGCGAUUUGUUCAAAUCCGUAAUCCACUCAAAUGUGCAACUGUCGGCUGUACAAAAACUGCACUAUUUGCGCAGUAGUUUGAAGGGUGACGCGUCUCGUCUCAUCGCUUCCAUUGCGAUUACCGCGGACAAUUACGCUAUCGCAUGGAAAACCAUUUGUGACCGGUACGAAAACACAAACUAUCUCGUGAAGCAGCAUAUGUCUGCUCUUUUCCGCGUUCCGUCAGUGCGAAAGGGUACUUCUUCAGCCUUGUCCGAAUUAGCGGACGAGUUCAACCGCCAUGUCGGAAUUCUCGACAAGCUCGAGAAUAUAGAUGCCCACUGGAAUUCUUUCCUGGUGGAGCGCCUAAGCAGCCUACUUGACGAGAAGUCUCUCAUCGAGUGGGAAACUCAGUGUAGUGAAGAAGAAUCGCCUCAGUAUACGGAUUUGCUUGAGUUCAUCCGAAAGAGAUCGCGUACUCUACAAAAGUGCUCCACGUCGUGUAACUCUUCUUCGACUGUGCAAGUGAAGCCCACAAAGGCCAAAUCAACCUCCUCUCACGUGGUUUCUGAUAACGUUGCGAAAUGUCCGAGCUGCAAACAAGCUCACGCGUUGGUUCAGUGUGAUGCGUUCAUCAAGUUGAACCCGAACAAUCGACUCCACUUCGCCAAAAAACACCGUUUGUGCAUAAAUUGUUUGAGAGGUGGCCAUAUGGCUAAGGACUGCCGAAGUAGUUUGUGUAGAACGUGUGGGAAGAAGCAUCACAGUAUGCUACAUCUACCAACACCGGUGUCGAAUUCGGCGGUUAUCACUCCACCGAACGAAGAGCAAAUGCCGAACACUACCCAAGCGUGUACAGCUAUCUGUUCUACAGCAACCACUACAUAUCAAGCUGAGAUCUCGUUUUCGGUCGCAAAUGCACCACCGGUGGUGCUCACGCGUUCGUUACCCCAGCCAGCCACGCCGGUCUCGCGAAACGAUUCGUCGCCUCACGCCGCGAUCGACCAACCCCCCUCUCCGACGCCGGUUGUUUCGCUCGAUCGCAACGAAUCUGAACCAACCCCAGCCCAGCCUCCACAGCCUCUACCACCCGCCACAUCGUUGACCCAAGCAAACAAUACUUUUGAAAGCAUUGUGUUCCUAUCGACGGCUGUUGUUCGAGUUCGAGAUGUGAAUAACGUGUACCACUAUGCACGGGCUCUAUUGGACAGUGGUUCCCAAUCGAACUUUGUUUCUGAAUCACUGUGCCAGAAAUUAGAUCUCAAGCGUACACGAAUCAGCCUUCCUGUUAGCGGUAUCGGGCAAGCCACCGUAAACGUACACUACAAGGUGAAUAUCGCGCUCGCGUCACGGUUCGGCGGUUUCGAACAAGAAAUAGACUGUUUGGUCCUACCGAAACUCACCGUGAGUCUUCCUAGUCGAAGUGUAGACAUUUCUCGCUGGACCAUUCCGCGUAACUUGCCGUUAGCUGAUCCGAGGUUUAACAUUUCCCACGGAGUGGAUCUCAUUGUUGGAGCGGAACUGUUUUUCGCUCUUCUCGAAUCCGAAAGGCUAACCCUCGCUGACGGAUUUCCCAUUUUGCAGAAAACUGUAUUAGGGUAUGUGGUAUCUGGCACAUCCCCCGCAGAGACGCAGAAGACGGUAGUGUGCCAUGUUGCUACCGAACAAGAUCUAAACGCCCAGCUGGAACGGAUGUGGGAGGUUGACGAUUUCGACGUCGGACGAGCGCUAACGCAGGAAGAGCAACAUGUAGAAGACCACUUCAUGCGCACUGUAUCCCGUGACGACACAGGACGCUACGCUGUACGCCUACCGCUUAGAGAAACCAGCAUCCCAUUCCUUGGAGACUCCUACAAGGCUGCAGCCAAUAGAUUUUCGAUGAUGGAAAAGCGUUUUGCCAAGGACGACGAGCUGCGUUUGGAAUAUACGCAGUUUAUGGAGGAAUAUCUCAGGCUGGGGCAUAUGGAGGAAUGUUCCCGCGUCGAUGGUACCCAGUUUUACCUCCCGCACCACGCUGUACGUCGGCCAGAAAGCACGACCACAAGAACCAGAGUCGUCUUCGACGCGAGCAGCAAAUCCCAUGGCCAAUUGUCGCUGAACGAGGUCCUUUUCACUGGCCCAACGGUACAGCCAGCUUUGCUCGCCGUGGUUGUUAAUUUCCGGCUUCCCAGGUACGUAUUCUCCGCGGACGCCGAGAAAAUGUUUCGGCAAGUGUGGGUCCACCCGGACGAUCGAAGAUUCCAAUCUGUCGUUUGGCGUUCGGAUCCGUCUCAACCGUUGAAGCACUACCACCUGAAAACGGUGACCUACGGAUUGGCCAGCUCACCGUAUCAAGCUGCCCGCGUCCUAAAUAAGCUCGCUGAAGAUGAUGGAGACCAAUAUCCCCUAGCCGCACCAGUUGUUACAAAGCGCUUCUACGUGGAUGAUGCCUUUGCUGGAGGUGACAUCUUAGAGGAGGUUGCGGAGACAUGUCGGCAGUUACAAGAACUUCUCGCUAAAGGGGGUUUCACCCUUCGUAAGUGGUCUGCCAACGACCCUACCGUGCUACGUCACAUACCCAGUGAACUGCUUGGAGCAACCGGCCCAACGGAAAUCGGACGUAGUAUGGUCACAAAGGCACUAGGGUUACAGUGGAACCCAAUCACUGAUAAGCUCAGUUUCCAAGUUCCCGACCUGGAAAAUCUAAACAUCGUCACCAAACGAGCCGUGGUAUCCGAAAUGUCAAGGCUCUUUGACCCCUUAGGCCUACUGGGGCCGGUAGUCAUAAGCGCAAGGAUGUUCGUCCAAGGAUUGUGGGCAAAGCGGCUCACUUGGGAUGAAGAAUUGUGCGAAGAAGAAAGUCUCUGGUGGCAAUAUUUUCGGGAAGAUCUGGCGCAACUGAAGAAAAUUGCCGUUCCGCGGCACGUCAUUUCCAACUUUCACCAGGAAUAUCAGUUGCAUUGCUUUUGCGAUGCGUCAUCAAAGGGCUACGGAUGCUGUGUGUAUGUAGUUGGACCCAAUAUGGAUGGCGAAAUAGAAAGCAAGCUUCUGAUUGCGAAAUCCCGAGUCGCUCCUCUUCGUGGCUUGUCCAUACCCCGGUUGGAACUUUGUGCGGCUGUCCUUGGCAGUCAAUUGGUCCACAACCUGCGAACAACAACAGAUUUCGACGGAACAGCAGUGUUUUGGUCGGACAGCACUGUCGUAUUGCACUGGAUACAGUCGCCACCAAGUGACUGGAAAGUGUUCGUUUCUAAUCGUGUUGCGGAGGUGCAACGUCUUGCUCGUGAGCUUCCCUGGAACUACGUCCCAUCCGAGCUUAAUCCUGCGGAUCGCAUAUCGCGCGGGACAAAUCCGAGUCAAAUUAUCGACGACUCACUUUGGUGGCAUGGGCCACCUUUCCUAAGGCAGCCGACUGAAUCUUGGCCGGAUUUCCCAUCAAAACCCACGACAACUAAAGACACCGAGCUGGAGAAACGCGUCACCGUAGCGCUAGUUACCACACCAAUCGACGAUUCUAUUUUCGAGCGGUAUUCAGACCUGGGGAAGCUGUUGAGGACAGUGGCAAUGUGUAUCCGAUUUGGUUCUAACUGUCGACGGCCGAAAGCAGAAAGAGUGUACGGCAGUCUCACUCCACCGGAAAUCGACGGAGCAUUGAAAGCCAUGGUACGUCUCGCUCAGAACCGCCAUUUUGUUACGCCGUACCCCAACCGUUCCGUCAUGGAGGAACAACGCCAGCUUCAGCUAACCAACCGCCGCACGACCCUCAUGGCUUCACUGGGGAGAGCCGAGCAGUUUGUGUCCAAAUAUCAAGCCGACCGUGAUCAAGCUCAAGUGCCGCUACGCAUCGAGAACAUCGACAACGUGUGGAUGGGACUGGAGGAUGUUCAAACGCAACUUGAAGAACUGGAGGUCACCGAAGAAGGUAGGGAACAGAACAAUCAAAUCCGUUCCAAAUUCGAGUCCGUUCACUUCAAAGUGAAGGCUGCUCUAAAUUCCCUCUUACCCGCUAAUCCAAUCCAAACUCCAAGCGCAUUCCCUAACCCUCCCGCCAAUUUGCUUUCUGGCAUCAAGCUUCCCACCAUUUCGUUGCCAGAGUUUGAUGGCGACUACAACCAAUGGCUUGCUUUUCAUGACACGUUUGUUGCCCUAAUACACGCUUACGCUGAUGUCCCCGACGUGCAAAAAUUCCAUUACCUCCGCGCCGCCUUGAAAGGUGAAGCGGCUCAGCUGAUCGAGUCGAUCGCAAUUAGCUCUGCCAAUUAUACAGUCGCCUGGCAGACGCUUACCACCCGCUACGCAAACGAUUACCUGCUUAAAAAGCGUCACUUGCAAGCCCUCCUAGAUUGCCCUCGCAUGAAAAGAGAAUCCGCCGAAGCCCUGCAUAGUCUUGUUGAUGAGUACCAACGCCAUACCAAAAUUCUCUGCCAACUCCAAGAACCCGUUGAUCAUUGGAGUACGAUGCUUGAACAUCUGCUCUGCAUUCGCCUUGACGAUGGUAUCCUCAAGGCCUGGGAGGAUUAUGCUACUACCGUCGCUAACCCAAACUACAGCUGUCUCGUAGAUUUUCUACAACGUAGGAUCCGUGUUCUUGAAUCGAUGUCCGUCAACCACCAGUCGCAAAACUCGCAAACGUUCGUCAAUCAAGUCCCUCUCCAUCGAAAGCCAUUGUUCCACAAAGUUGCCACCCACACCGCCGCAGAAGAACAGCCCAAAUGCUACGCUUGCAAUCAGUAUCACUUUCUCAUUAAAUGUCCCCGCUUCGAGGAAAUGAACGUGUCUGACCGUAUGAGACUAGUCGACAACAAUCGUCUUUGUCAGAAUUGUUUCCGCCACGAUCACUUUGCUCGAAACUGCCAGUCAAAAUAUUCCUGCCGACGCUGCCAAAGAAGACACCACACCCUGUUGCACCACACUAACAACUUUAAUGAAUCCACUCUCCAAGCAUCAACCAUCAUCUGGCUCAAGUAUUAUUGA